UCUACGCAGACCUUUUUCCCUGGAGCCGCGACUUGCGCAUGGUAACCAGGAAGAGUGUAGGAACAGUUUCUUGGCACUCACCCGAUGGAAAAACAGGUUUUCGUUUGUACCCCAUAAUCGCCUUCGAGAUUUGGACUUUGAGUAUAACACAUAUCUGAGGCUACACUUUCUAUUGAAAUGGUUAUCGGUCACGGAAUGCAGUUCCUACAUAGCUAUUGGAAAAACACAGUGAUCACCGCGUUGUCAUGUCCUCGUCAGUAUGAGUAAUCAGGAGGGUUGGGGCCGGCACCCGUCAGACAAGGAGGAGGAGGAAGAUGAAGAGGACGAAAGGGAUGAGGAGUCCAAGGUGUGCCAGGUGUGCGGAGACCGGGCCACCGGUUACCACUUCAAUGCCAUGACUUGUGAAGGCUGCAAGGGCUUCUUCAGACGUGCCAUGAAGCGCCCGGUAAAGUUCAGCUGUCCAUUCCAGAAUGCCUGCAUCAUCACCAAGAGCAACCGGAGGCAGUGCCAGGCCUGCCGUCUCCACAAGUGCAAGGAAAUCGGCAUGCUCAAGGAGCUAAUCAUGUCGGACGAGGCGGUGGAGAAGCGGCGGAGGCUGAUCAGGGUGAAGAGGACGCAGCAGGAGCCAGUGCUUCUCACCCCCCAACAAGAGGCUGUCAUCCAGGAGCUGCUGGAGGCGCAGCGCAGGACCUUCGACGUCACCUUCUCCUGCUUCAAACGCUUCCGGCCUAUUGAUCGCAGCAUCGCGCCCAUGCACCAGUACAUGAAUGCUCCGUGCGAGUCCAGCACCCACCCUUGGUCUCGCUCAGGAAGUGAUUACGACCAGAGAGACACUAGCCUCCCUUCCUCCUCCUCUUCCUGUAGCUCACAGGAAGGAGAGAAGUCAGAUGAGCAAUGUGGACAGGAGAGGACCUUUUCCACAUUGCCCCACAUAGCUGACCUCACCACCUAUAUGAUCCAGCACAUCAUUGACUUCGCCAAGAUACUGCCCUCCUUCAGGCAGCUGUCCAUUGAGGACCAGAUCUCACUACUGAAGGGUGCCACCUUUGAGGUGUGCCAGAUUCGCUUCAACAUGCUCUUCAAUGAGAAGACAGGCAUCUGGGAGUGUGGCCCACUGACCUACUGCAUGGAUGAUGCAGCGCGUGCGGGCUUUCAGCGCCACCUACUGGACCCUCUGAUGAAGUUCCACUACACACUGAGGAACCUGCAGCUGCAUGAGUCUGAAUACGUCCUGAUGCAGGCCAUCUCUCUGUUCUCCCCAGACCGUCCUGGCGUGACGCAGCACAGCGAGAUCGACCGACACCAAGAGAUGCUCGCUCUCACCCUGAAGACGUAUAUCGACACCAAAAGGACGUCAUCUGAGAGACACCUGCUGUACCCCAAAAUCAUGGCCUGCCUGACAGAGAUGCGGACCAUGAACGAGGAAUAUACCAAGCAGGUGUUGCAGAUCCAGGACAUCCAGCCUGAUGUGUCCCCACUCAUACUGGAGGUGGUCAGGAAGGACACCUGAGGGCUUGCACAUGCACACGCACAUGCACAUGCACACACACACCUCAGGCUGCUGCACAAAACCACAGUAACCUGUCACACACAAAAGCACAUAGAUGCACAAAUGCACACACACAUACAAUGUAUAACAUACAAAUGGAUUUUAAUAAAAAUCACUAAUGACGUCUUAUGCACACACACACUCGGGCACAAACACGUAAUAACAUCCCUGAGGUGUCCACACACACACACAGUGACGUCAACAAAAUCUGUGAUGACUCAGCUGAAGUGGACACAGAGAAAGCCAGAGAGACCCCAAGCAACUGGCCUGUCACACAGUAAAAGACCAGAAUCAUAUGGCCUACCCACAGCCAAGUCAGAGAGGUGGACUUCAGGAGGAAGUCAGAAUGACCUCCUUAAAGACUGGCAGCAAAGACCCACGGAGUGACCCCAGCAGCCAGACCAACAACAACGGGAAUCCAGAGCUACCAACAGACGGACAGACAUCUUCAACUACCUACAGCAACACAAGCCCAUACACACAUGCAUAAGGAGUGAUAGAAGACACAGUUUCAAGGACCAGUUAUGUGACUCUGGGCAAGUUCUUGUAGCUGGGAAGAGCAGGAUGUGAUGUCAUGGGGGUGCAUUGUUUACUUGUGAAAAAUUAUCUUACAGCACAGGAGCUACUGUUUAAUUCUAGAGUACUUAGGAUAAUAUUACAUCAUGAUCAAGUUGAGAACUUGACCACUUAAGACAUGCACUUUAUACAAAGAAUGAAAUUUCUCUGGACUAAAGCCUUCAAAUUUAGAAAUCUUUCAAGCCACAGAAUUUAAACAAUACUUUGUACUGAACUACUGAAACACCCAAAAAGAUUUUUUAUAUGCAGCUGGAAUUUGUUGGUAAAGAUGUGCAAUCAACCCCUACCAUGUUUUUCAGAAACAUUAAUAACCAGUCUACUGUUUUCUGUGAAAACAUUUAGACAUGAAAACAGAAGGACUGGACUUGAAGUCUUGAGUAGCUCAGCCUCAGCAGCUGUGGCAGUCUCCGUCUGGCGGUAAAGGGGCUAUGGCAGUCUCUGUCUCCAGCAUGUAUGUUAAUCUCUGCAUCCAUGAAUGAUGGCAACUUACCCUGAUUGAGGGAGGGACAAAAAACAGGCAUUCCAUUGGUCCAGCCAACAUCACAGUGAAAAGGCUCAUAAUAGUAUGUGCGUGUUUUUAA